AUGCAAAUUUAAAAGUGUACUCCAAUAUUAUAAAUUAAUCAGUUAAUAUUUUUUAUAAAAAGAGAAUCCAUUUUAGAUGGCAAACUUCCAUUGAUAUUACCCUCAAGGUAUAUAAUGGUUUUUAAAUAAUAAACCAGAAUAGUAAAAAGAAAUUCAAAUCCUCCAAGGAUUCUUUUCUAAAUUUUAUGUAAGUCUUUUUGAGUAUCAUAAUUUAGUUUCGGCUGUGAAAAUGGUGCAAUUACAUCUGAAAAAAUAAAAUCAGCUGAAUAUUUUAUAAAUUUGUAGACCUUCUUAGUGGAUUUGUAUUUCUUUUAGUACUCGAUUAUUUUUUGA